AUGAGCACCACUCCAGAAAUGUCCUCCAGUACCCCCAGCCACAGCAGUGGCGGCGGCGGCGGCGGUCCUACCAACUCGCCGCUACUCUUCUUCGUCGCUCUGGGCUUUGGCGUCGUCUUCACCAACCUAUGGAUCAUUGUUGGUGUCAAGUACUGCUUCCGAUACAAUGCGCGCAAUCGCCAGGCCAGACAGAAUGCUGAGGGCGACCCUAUCGACCUGCCGCCCAUGCAUGCGCAGCCGCGCCGCCGGAGGAGGGAAAAGAAGCUGAUGACCAUGGACGAGGUCAACGAGCGAUUCCCUCUAAUGAAGUACAAGAUCUGGCGCUCGGGCAGAGAGAAAGACGGCCUCCCUUGUGCUGGCGGCAUCAGUUCUCCUCCAAGCCGUGCUGGGAGCGUCAAGGAGGUCGAGGGAGCCAUCGGACCUUCCAAUGACAACCGUCAAUCUAUGGACAGCACACACUCGCACCCUACGGACUCGCACCCCAAGGAUUCACAGCCUCACGCCGAACCGUCGUCGCCUUCUUCUCCUGCGCCGCUAAAAUCGCCAGCUGUCGAGACAGCCGGUACGGCAGGCGCAGCGGGUGCAGCAUCCGAAGCCGAUCAAGAAAAAUCGGCAUUGAAGGCCGAUGAGAAAACCGUGGAACUGGAAAAGGUCAACACUGUCGCAAGCACCAUGGAUGAGCACCCGAAGGAGCACCAGGCGACGGUUGAGGACGACGAUGAUGAAGACGACGACGACGACCCAAUCCAGUCGGCCGCCUCUCCGGAGAUGCUGGAAACGCCCGGUGACACCUGUGCCAUCUGUCUGGACACCCUUGAAGACGACGAUGACGUUCGCGGCUUGAAGUGUGGUCACGCCUUCCAUGCUAGCUGCCUUGACCCGUGGCUUACUAGCCGCCGCGCUUGCUGCCCGUUGUGUAAGGCCGAUUAUUACAUCCCCAAGCCUCGUCUAGAGGGCGAGACUACUGCCGAAGCUACGGGCCGCCGCACGCCGGGCCUUAGAGUGACCCUCCCGCAAGCGCCUCACUCAGUCUGGAUCGGACCUCGCACCCCUCGCACCCCUCGCACCCCUCGCGGCUCUCGCGGCCCCCGCACGAUCGUCCUCGCGGGAGGGUUGCCAAGCCACCAACACCUUAGAGGCAAUCAUACGCCUCGCAGCGGUGCGCCGCCCAGUGCCGGUCUCCAGUCUCCAGGAGCCGCGAGUUGGACCACUAGGCUCAGCCAAUUUCGCACUUCCAUUCCGAGCAUCCGCAGUCCGUUCGGUCGUAGCGCUGGCACUCCCACCAGCAACGACACACCAGCCACCCCCACGCCCGCACAGCUGGAAGCUGGCACGCGCUGA